CUCUUCCUAUUUUCUCUCAACCCCCCCCCUGCUCUCUUCUCUGCUCUCUUCUCUCUUCUCUCUUCUCUCUCUCGAACUCUCAACUGAAAAACUUCCAAAGAAACUAAAAAUCUCAGAAGACAUCGCCACCAUUAACCUCUGAACCACUUUUUGCUUUGCUCCUUCAAGGCUUCAGAGUUUUUUUGUAUCUGUUGAAUUGCACAUUCGGAUACGCAGCUUUCAUGGCGGCCUCGUUUGUCUCGAACCCCGACCCCUGUCUUGACUCGAGUCGCAAGAAACGUCGAAAAGUCGAGGAUGAUCGGAAUCCGGCUUCAACUACUCAAGCGAGAUGGAGAUCCGAUAAAGAGCAACGGAUCUAUUCAACUAAGCUGGUGGAGGCGCUCCGGAAGGUUCGCCAGGGAUCAUCAUCGUCUCCGGUAGCGGUCUCCGGGGGGAAAAUCGUGAAGGAAGCAGCCGACAGGGUUCUGGCCGUGGCGGCGAAAGGUACGACUCGGUGGAGCAGAGCGAUUCUGAGGAGUCGACUCAGGCUGAGCAAGAGGCUUCAGAAGUGUAGAAAGGCGAGGGUUACCGGGGAUAGCCGGUGUAAGAGGGCGGACGUGAGGAGAGAGAGGAGGAGGACGCCGGCUGUGCAGAAGAAAGUUAAGGUUCUUAGCCAGUUGGUUCCCGGUUGCCGGAAGGCUCCGUUGCCGAACCUUCUAGAAGAAACGACCGAUUACAUAGCGGCGCUGGAGAUGCAGGUUCGAGCUAUGACGGUUCUGACGGAGCUUCUCUCCGGUGCUCCGGCGGCCAAUCGUCUCAACUUUACCAGUUGACGCUAUUCAAUAACCGCGCAUGCACCUUGCCUUAUGGUGCCAGGUGUUAUUUUUUUCUUUUUUGGGGGGGAUUAUGUAAUUUUUAUAAAUAUUCUAUAUCUAUGAAAUUUUUAAUUCGUGUA